GGUGAAAAGCAAACCAUGCAGAACCUCAGUGACUGGCUGGCCAAUUACCUAGACAAAGUCAGAGCCCUGGAGAAGGCUGAUCUGGAGAACAAAAUCAAGGAGUGGUAUGACAAAUUUGGGCCUGGGUCUGGAGUUGGUGGAGCUGGAAGAGAUUACAGUAAAUACUAUCCAAUCAUUGAAGAUCUUAGGAAUCAGAUCCUUACUGCCACUAUCGAAAAUGCUGGGAUUGUUCUGCAAAUUGACAAUGCCAGACUGACUGCUGAUGACUUCAGACUGAAAUACAAGAACGAGCUGCAUCUCCGGCAGCCCGUGGAGGCUGACAUCAAUGGCCUGCAGAAAGUGCUGGAUGACCUGGCCAUGACUCGCUCUGACUUGGAGAUGCAGACUGAGAGCCUCACAGAGGAGCUGGCCUACCUGAAGAAGAACCACCAGGAGGAAAUGAAGAGUAUGCAACGAAGCUCCGGAGGGGAUGUGACCGUAGAACUGAACCCAGGGACGGACUUGACUAAGUUACUGAAUGACGUGAGGGCACAGUAUGAGGACCUGGCUGAGCAGAACCACUGCGAGGCUGAAAAGCAGUUCAACGAGCAGAGCGCAUCUCUGCAAGCACAGAUCUCUACUGAUGCUGGUGCCAGGCCAGCCAGUUCCACCAAGAAUGAGAUCACAGAACUGAAACGCACUCUGCAAGCCCUGGAAAUUGAGCUGCAGUCCCAACUGGCCAUGAAAAGCUCCCUGGAAGGAACCUUGGCUGACACGGAGGCUGGCUACAUGGUACAGCUGUCACAAAUUCAGAUGCAGAUCAGCGGCCUGGAGGAGCAGAUCUGCCAGAUCUGGGGUGAGACUGAACGCCAGAACACAGAGUAUGAGCAGCUGCUGGACAUCAAGACCCGCCUGGAGAUGGAGACUGAUCCCUACCACUGCCUGCUUGAUGGAGAAGGAGGUGGUUCUGGUUUUGGAGGAUCUGAUUUUAGAAACUCGGGAUCAGAAACACGGGGUCCAGAAACACCGGAUCCAGGGAUUCAUCCAUGUCUAGUGACUCAAGAUCUGGAAGCUGUUCUGUCCAAGGAAGAGAUCCAAGCUAGACUAGAGUGACUAAAGACCAUUGUAGAGGAGGUGGUGGAUGGCAAAGUUGUCUCAUCUCAAGUCAGCAACGUUUCUGAGGUGAAACUUAAAUAGGCAAUUUCCAGAUCAACAAGAGUGUCCUUCAGAGAAAACAAUCUAAAAGACACGAAUGAAGAAGUUGCAUCAAUCUAGCCAUCUUUCCGGCUAACUUCGGGAAAAAGUUUCCAUACAGAAAUAGAUGACUAACCAAUUUUUCUGCAACUUUUUCUUUUCUUAUUAGAAUUCGCUUGAAAAAGUUGAAAUGACAGCUUUGCUCUAAUUGUUUCUAUGCUUCAAUAAAUUUACUUUUGCA